AUGGUGGAUCUGCCGCUUGGAGCCUUCACACAUUGCCACCAAUGCCCGUACCUCUCUCUCUCGCUUACAGGUGCGUUUCGGGGUGGCAGCCGAUCAAGCCGAGGAGCCCUGGCAGCGGUUCAGCAGAAUGUGCGCCGCUUUCACUGCAGCUUCUGCAACUACUCGACUAUUUACAAGCAGACGCUGCAGCGUCACCACCGCACGCACACGGGCGAGCGGCCGUUUGAGUGCGAGUUCUGCCUCAAAACGUUCGCCCAGAAGUGCAACAUGAAGGCUCACCAGCGGCUCCACACUGGCGCCUGUCCCUACCGGUGCCAGUUCUGCCAACUGGGAUUCAGCCGACGCGAGCUCCUCACCGAGCACCUGCAACAGGAGCAUGAAAUGCAGCUGGCCUUCAAGUGCGGCUACUGCUCGGGCGGCUUCCUCACGCGACACGAGCUUUGGCGACAUUUGCGCUCCUGCUCCCCAUGGGGAGCAGCGACACCGGAUGCCAUUGUGGCGUCGGUUGUGGCGCCUGUCACCACUGCACACAUGCCGCCACAGCCAACCUCGUCGCCGACAUAA